GACUUCACACCUCGUGUCCUGUUGGAAAGCAUUGUUGCAGAUUGACCGUGGACGUCCAGAACAACAAAGACCAUGGGCGGCAACGGCCCACUAUACAUGGGCUUUGACUUGUCCACGCAACAAUUGAAAGGCAUUGUCGUUGACUCCAAUCUCAAGCUGAUCCACGAAGCCAAAGUCGAUUUCGAUGCCGACCUGAAGAAGUAUGGCAUCCAAAAGGGCGUACUCACCAAUCCUGCGGAAGGCGAAGUGUUCGCCCCGCCAGCAAUGUGGCUGGAAGCCAUUGACCUCGUCCUCGAUCGUCUGAGGAAUGCGGGACUCGAUUUUAGUCAUGUCAAGGGUUUGUCCGGAGCUGGCAUGCAGCAUGGCACAGUCUUUUGGUCCAAUGACGCCGAAAGCCUUCUGGCCAAUCUGAAUCCCCAAGACUCUUUGACGAAUCAACUUCAGCCUGGAGAGGUAGGCAAGUCGGCCUUCGCUCAUGAGAUGAGCCCCAACUGGCAGGAUGCAAGCACGCAGGAGCAAUGUGAUGCUUUCGACGCAGCAUUGGGAGAUGCGGAGACGCUGGCAUUUGUGACUGGAAGUAAGGCACAUCAUCGAUUCAGUGGACCUCAAAUUAUGCGUUAUAGGACCAAGUGGUCUUCGCACUAUGAGAAGACUGCUCGGAUCUCUCUGGUAUCGUCGUUCCUUGCCUCCGUCUUUCUUGGUCGUUUUGCUCCGAUCGAUAUCAGCGAUGUGACUGGCAUGAAUCUCUGGAACAUAAAGGACGGAACGUGGGACGAUGCACUACUAGAGCUUGCGGCAGGUGGCAAAUCCGGCAUCGACGAUCUCAGGAAUAAAUUGGGCGUCGUCUCGGGAGAUGGCGGCCAAUGGCUAGGCACUAUCAGCUCCUACUUUGUCACCAAAUACGGUUUUGCAAAGGACUGUCAAAUCAUCCCUGCAACUGGUGACAACCCUUCGACAAUUCUUGCGCUCCCCUUGCGAGCCUCCGACGCUAUGGUAUCUUUGGGCACGAGCACAACAUUCUUGAUGAGCACACCUGAGUACAAGCCCGAUCCUGCCUACCACUUCAUGAACCAUCCCACGACGCCCGGGCUGUACAUGUUCAUGCUCUGCUACAAAAAUGGUGGUCUUGCUCGAGAACAAAUCCGCGAUCAGAUUUCGACGUCUUCGGAUUGGGAGAGCUUCAACUCAACAGCUUUGUCCACACCAGCACUUUCCCAGCGAUCGCCAUCGGAAGCCCUACGAUUAGGUCUCUAUUUUCCUCGUCCUGAAAUUGUUCCCAACCUUCCCUCCGGCCAAUGGCGCUUCAAAUACAACCCCGAAACGCAAGAUCUCAAAGAAGAGCCCUCCGACUUCCUUCCAGACGAUGCGCGCAACAUCAUCGAAUCCCAAUUCCUCUCUCUCCGGCUCCGUUCUCAAGCACUCGUACACGCCGAGAAAGAUCCCGCUACGGGUAAGACUCUGCCACCACAACCGCGCCGCGUAUACCUCGUCGGAGGCGGUUCCGCAAAUCCAGCCAUCGCAAAAAUCGCAGGGGAAGUGCUCGGUUCCGUAGAGGGCGUGUACAAGCUCGACAUUGGCGGAAACGCUUGUGCUCUCGGAGCAGCAUACAAGGCUGUAUGGGCCUGCGAGAAAGCACAAGGUCAGACAUUUGAGGACUUGAUUGGUAGCAGAUGGGAUGAGAGUAGUUUUGUUAAGAAAGUUGCGGAUGGUUACAGGGAAGGAUUGUUCGAACAAUAUGGAGUUGCUGUGAAGGGUUUUGAACAAAUGGAGAAGGCUGUGCUGCAGGCAAAUGGGAGAAAAUGAUAGACUUGCUCGCUGCAAAAUUAUACGAGAAGGUCUUGAUUUGCUAGCAAUAUGAGUUUGGGUGACGUGUACGACCUAGGACAUGAUUGGGGAUCGCUGAACAGUGCAAUAGCGCCUCGUGGCGCACAUGUACUGGCACGACCAUGAAUCACGUCUAGCUGCCAUCUCUGUCAAAUGCCAUAUUUGAGAGGUAUGGCAGAGAUGGUCUCAGAUCGAAAUAAGAAACAUCGCUGCUCGUACCAGCUCCCAUA